AGACUCAUCAUGGGCUCAGGAAAAUAAUGAGGCAAGAAGAUAUUUUUUAAAAAAAUAACAUGUGAGAGGUGAAAGUCUUAUCAAGAUAUUACCGAAAACUCGGCUCAUUGAAUUUUACUGGAAAUAUGGUAAUCGUUACCUCUAUAUUAACUAGCAAGCCUAUCAGAUAAAACGUGGAUGUCAUCGACUACAUGAACCUUAUCCUCUACUCGUUACCGCAGUUUUAUGUUUUGCAGAUGCCGAAAUAACGAACAGUGGACAGUUUCUGCAAGAAAAUGGCCCUAUAUAUUUUUGAGAAGAUAGCGGCUGGAACUGAUGAGGCUAUUUGGUUUUCAAUAUUUCUGCGCCUUAAAAGUUGAUGGUAGAAUACCAUAAUCAAAAAUAAAAUAGUACUCCACUUUUGAAUUACGUGCGCCUUAUCUAAUAUUAAAAAAUUCACUAUUCACUCAGAAAACAUCAGAACGAUUUCAAAACUUCAGAAUGUAGAGUAUUUAAGCUAUUCUAUAUCAUGUUUCUAGGAGAUCUCAGAAUAAAUUUUAAAACACCCUAAGGCUUUCCAAAAGGAUUUUUGGAAAACCUAUUAACUAAACUAUGUUUUAAGAUUUUUUCGAUCUUAUAAUCACGUUUAGUAGACAAUAUUAAUGAUAUCCUGAGAUUUUGUGCUUCUUCUGAUGUGUUUUAAGUGAAUCUUUUAAGAUUAGAUAAAAAGAGUCUGAAAACCGUAGUAUUCGUAAAACAUCAGAGUUAACAUAAAAUAAAAUAGAUAAGAUAAAAACAUUUAGUUGUCAAGAUGUUGAAAGAAUAAAUGAAUUAUUGAUAAGUGAUUAUCUUGGAACUAAGAGAAAAAGCAAAUAUUUGAACAAAUGAUCAAAUGAUCACUAUGUAAAAUGUCAUUACCAUUGAUCAAAACACAGAAAAUUUAGAAACUGAUGAUAAAUUCUGACUCUUGAUCAACUCGAAACGCUCUAUCGAGUGAUGUAUAAUUUAGUUAACAACAGUACAGUAAACAGUACUUAAACUUCCAGUUUGGCGCGUCUUACUAAAACUCGCAUUAUAUCCAUCUAUUUCAUCUGCUAAUCAGAAGUACAGCAUAAGAUAAAUUCUUAAGCUUACGUGUCUGUAAACGGUUUGAAGUAAUAUGGAUACAAUACUUCUUGCUUUAUCAACAUAUAAUUAAACGCGAUUUGUUUAAACUUUUCAUUAUCAUUUCUUCAAAACGAUUAAUUCCUAUGCAAAACCACUUUAAAUCAGUUGAAGGUCCUCCUAAGACAGUCAUCCGUUCAUCCAUUUUUGCUACAAAAACAAAAUUACAUUCCUGCUUGUUAAGACGUCAACAAGAGUAAUGCUAUUAUUAAGUCUUUCUCUACCAGCUUGUGUGAGCGACAAGUCACUUUAGUACUUUUAACACAAAUACAAAUUCUACACUUUAAAUUAUAAAUGUCAGAAUUAAUUAUUCAUACGCGUUUUCUCAUAAAUUGUAAACAGUUUCGCCAUAUUUUCCUUAACAAGAAGGAAAAGAUAGCUUACCAAAAAAAUUACUACUGAUAACAUCGAGUCAAUUGCACAACUUCAAUUGUUGUACAUAGAGACACAGAACAGUGGAUUUAGUUUUGCAGUUUACUGCAAAGCUAAGUUCGUGUGUUCGAAUCUAUAUUCGUACAAAAUUGUCUUUAUGUUUUUCGAUAGUUUUAGUUUAGAAAAAUUGCCGUUUUUCUAUUAUCAGAAGACAUCUAUUCAUACUGAAUUGUAGAGAAUUUUCUGGUCUUUUGAGUGGUCUAUUACGAAUAGUGUUGAACUUUUGUGCUGGAUACCGCCAAAAAAUUCGUUGAAUGAAGCUCGGACUUUGAAAAUUCUGAUUAUAUCUGGUUUAUCAUGAAGUUUGAAUUGAAAAAACGCAAAUGAUAUUUAUAAAAUAAAUUUUUUGGUUUGGCUGCAUUCGUAUGUAAGUGAAAAAAAUAAAGAAAACAAAGUAUCUAAUCGUCUACACACACCCAGAUGUAAUUAUUCUCACUUGAUAAAAAGAUAAAGAAACAAAUUUAAAUUACGGAGUAAGGACUGUUUAACGUUUCUUGUUGACAGACAAUGUUUCGUCUCUUGUUUCUCGUUGUUCUCUCACCAUCAAUAAUUACUGCUGCCAACGGUUCGCUUGAUUCUGUACACCGGUUUUUAGUAUUCUAUCGAGCAUUAUUACUCUUUUAUAGUACGACAAGUUCGUGCAUCAGCAACACCGUUAACCGUAUGUUAUGACGAGUAUGGUUGCUAUACAACAGCGUCACCAUACGGCAAUACGCUCGAGCGCCCCUUCAAUAUCUUACCAGCUUCGCCAAGUGUUAUUGGUACCAGAUUUUUUCUUUACACAAGAAACACACGAAACAAACGUGAAGAAAUUAGUCGUACGUCAGGACUUGGCUCAUGGGAUGCUUCAAAACCAACAAAAAUAACUGCACACGGUUUUCUCGAUUUGCCCUAUGGAAAUAUCCCGCCGUGGUGGACAGAUAUGAAAAAUGCUUUUCUUGAUAUCGUCGGUAUUUUACAUUCAGUAAAAAUGAAAUUCUAUUAA